UGUCGACAACACCCUGAACUGACCGAAGAAGAUGAGGACAGCCCCCAGCAGCUUCAGGGCUGAGUAACAGGAGGGCUCUUCGGUCACUGGGGGUAAUGAGGUCUCAGCUGUGUACCGUUUGAACACAAUUACAGAAAACAACUUGGCAGAUUAGCAACAUCAAGCUUUACAAUAACCUUAAAGCACAUGACGAUGUCAGAUACCACAUACUAAGAAGUACACUAUUGGGAGGACUGUAUCCAGAUCCUUUUUGUUUUAAAUUGGAGACAAAUGGUUUUGAGUCAUGGAUCAAGGUGUUGUCGACAGUCCUGUUAUCCUUGUCAUCAAAGCACCCAACCAGAAGUAUGUUGACCAGACCAUCAACUGUUACCAGAACUGGACUGUGGAGAAACUCAAGGCACACCUGUCAGAUGUUUACCCGAGCAAACCGAGCUCCAAAGACCAGAGGUUGGUGUAUUCUGGAAAGCUGCUUUUGGAUCACUUUACCUUAAAAGAUGUGCUCAGAAAGCAGGAUGAGUAUCAUAUGCUCCAUCUGGUGUGCGCAUCACGAACUCCUCCCAGCUCUCCGAAGCCCCUCCGUAGCCGCGGUAACAAGCCUCAGGAGAGCCCGGCCGGUCCCACGCCCCUUCAAAACUCUGCCAGUCCUCCCAUUGGUCAGCAGAGCCAGUCGUCUACAGGAGAGAGUAGCGAUGGACUCACACAGAGAGCUGGACCCUUCCCCUACCACCAGAUGUAUCCUCAAUUUAUGCACAGCUGGAAUCAAUACUCCCCUGAGUCCACCCCCCCCACCAACAUGCCUGCUUAUUACAACCCCAUGACACUAAUGUGGUGGCAGCAGCUGUACGCCCGACAAUACUACAUGCACUAUCAGUACCUGGCGGCCUCCUCUCAACACCUCAGACCCGAUCAGCCCUCGCCCAACUCCAACCAGCCCGACCCUCUGAGCCAGCGUCCUCAGGCAGAUCGCCGUGGCAACCCAGAAGUCCAGAUGAACGCUCAGGGAGGAGAGAUCCUGAACGAGGAGGAGCUCAACAGGGAUUGGCUGGACUGGGUGUACACAUUUUCACGUGCUGCCAUCCUGCUCAGUAUAGUCUACUUCUACUCUUCCUUCAGCCGCUUCGUCAUGGUGAUGAUGGCCAUGCUGGUGCUCUACCUGCAUCAGGCCGGCUGGUUUCCCUUCAACCUGGAGAAUGAACUCCAGCUUCCUGGAGCCAAUCAGGACGAUCUGGAGGGAGAGCAACAGAACCAAGACUUUCAGGAGAUGGAAGGAGUGUUGGACGAUGGGUCAGACGAUGAUGGGGAAAGUGGAGAGGAAGCAGCAGAAGAUCCGAACAGCGCCCCACACACGGGUUUCCUGUCCUCCACCUGGUCCUUCAUCAUCACCUUCUUCAUGUCUCUCAUCCCAGAGGGGCCGCCAAACGCUGCUAACUGAACCACGAGCCGCCACAGUUCUCCACCAGGACACAUUGUUUCUUCACAGGAGGACGAGUCUCCCUCCUGCUUAGGGAAACUGUUUCUGUUGCAGUAAAGUGUUAGUUUCCCCAAUAGUGAUCUUUACCACAUAUAAAACUGAGCCAAAAGACAAAUGACUGAUUUAACCUGGAAUAAGAAAAGUCACUUCAUAUGUUUUUUUCACUUUCAAAAAGAUACAAACUUGGUUUAACUGCUAUACAAGGAUUGCUAAUGACGCCUUGUGAACAUAGUCAAAAUAAUUAAUAGUGUCCGCCAAUGCUUUGUUUCAGAUUUUAUUAUUUUUUUUAAAUGACAGCAGGCACAUUUAAAGUAUAUAUAUAUAUAUAUAUAUAGCAUUGCAGCAUUAGGCCUCAAACCUGAAUCUGUCUUUAUUUCUUUUUUAAGAAGCUGCAAUAUUUGUUGGAUUAGUUUUGUUUGUAAUUAUUUUUUGUAACAGUGUUUUAUCUAAAUAAGAGAUGUUAUUUUAAAAAGGGGGCCACUAAGCCUUCAGUGAUUAACCCCCGAGUCAUGUAGCGCCUGUAAUCAUUUAUAUGAGGAAUCCUAGAAUGAGAGUUCAUAAAAUUGUCUUUACACAUCGUUUACUGUGUUGAAAUGUAUCUCAGAGUGAUAACUGCCGAUGUGUGAUUUUUACUAAAGUGAAACAUGAACCACUAAUUCUCUGACAGCCUGAGUAAAGUAGAAGAAUGGAUAUUCCACUAUUAAUGGAAAAUACAACAGGACGGGGUUUGUUGGGUUUAAAGUCAUGUGGCACCGAGCGAACAUAGAAACUUUAAAAUGUCCUACUGCCCCGAUUCAGAGUUCCUGUAGGACAAAGCUCUCACCUUAAGUGUGUGAAAUGGCUGCUGCUGUUAACAUGUUGUGAACUAAUCAUGUUUAAUAAACCUUCAUUCAUGGUAA